GGCAAAGAGCUGUUUGUAUUCCUCACGCGGCGUCUCUCCGCGGCCAUGGUAACACCGUCCUCAAUACCGGACCCCGAAUGAAAGGAAACUCAAACAAACGAGCGCUUUUCAUACAGCCGUUAUUCAGCAUGAAUUUGGCAGAAAUAUGGGACAACGCCAAGAAGGGUCGAGAGUACGCCUUGCUUGGGAACUAUGACUCCUCCAUUGUGUACUACCAGGGUGUCAUUCAACAGAUCCACAAACACUGUCAGUCCCUCAGAGACCCUGCGCUUAAAGUCAAGUGGCAACAGGUCAGUAAGGAACUGACUGAGGAGUACGAACAAGUCAAAGGAAUCAUGGCAACGCUGGAAAGUUUUAAGUCAGAGAAGCCAACUGACAUCUUAGUCCCGCGGCCGGAGGAGAGACCACAAGAUCCCGCUGUGUGGCCCCCUCCCAUCCCUGCUGAGCACAGGAAUCCUGUUGCAGUAAAGCGGCCCAACAGUGCAGUGAAGCAGCAGAGGAAGGACUCACCUGGCCUGCAGCAUCGUGGGGCAGGGCCAGGAGGCCGUGCUCAGGCCAACCCUAAAGGAGACCGGGCGGGAGUCAGAGACGCCCGAGGCGCAAAAUCCAAAGAUGAUAAGGGAAAGAAAGGAGGAGGAGAUGCACAGGGGGAGGAAGGGCAGAAGUUGUUUGAUGGUGCAGGAUAUGACAGUGACCUGGUGGACUCACUGGAAAGAGAUAUUGUGUCCCGUAACCCUAAUGUGCACUGGGAUGACAUUGCGGAUCUGGAAGAUGCUAAGAAGCUAUUGAGAGAAGCAGUGGUGUUGCCCAUGUGGAUGCCUGACUUCUUUAAGGGCAUUCGCCGCCCUUGGAAGGGUGUGUUAAUGGUCGGCCCUCCAGGGACGGGGAAAACCAUGCUAGCCAAAGCUGUGGCCACAGAAUGUGGAACCACUUUCUUCAAUGUGUCCUCCUCCACCUUGACCUCCAAGUACAGGGGCGAGUCGGAAAAACUUGUCCGUCUGCUAUUUGAAAUGGCCCGAUUUUAUGCACCAACGACCAUCUUUAUAGACGAGAUCGACUCCAUCUGUGGCAGGAGAGGAACAUCUGAUGAACAUGAAGCCAGCCGCAGGGUCAAAUCAGAACUCCUGAUUCAGAUGGAUGGUGUUGGAGGAGCCCUGGAGAAUGACGACCCCUCUAAAAUGGUGAUGGUCCUCGCUGCCACAAACUUCCCCUGGGACAUUGAUGAGGCUUUGCGACGGCGGUUGGAAAAGCGGAUCUACAUCCCACUGCCCUCAGCCGUGGGCCGUGUAGAGCUUCUUAAGAUCAACCUGAGGGAGGUGGAGGUGGCUUCUGAUGUGGAUCUGGACCUCAUUGCUGAGAAGAUCGAGGGCUACUCUGGAGCAGACAUCACCAACGUCUGCAGGGACGCCUCCAUGAUGGCAAUGCGACGUCGAAUCCAAGGCCUGAGCCCUGAAGAGAUUCGAGCUCUGUCCAAAGAAGAGCUCCAGAUGCCUGUGACUAUGGAGGACUUCACCCUAACACUCAAGAAGAUCUCAAAGUCUGUUUCUGCUGCAGACCUGGAAAAAUACGAAGCCUGGAUGGCUGAGUUUGGGUCAGUAUAGAGAGCGGCUGGGAUUAGAGCCAGAGGGACCAGAACCUUGAAAGGAGGACUGAUAGCUUUGAAAUUACUAAAAGCCUUGAAGAGUAGCAGUGGAGUGAGCUCUUGUAUUUGAACGAGGCAGCACAUCAGGGAUCAGAAGACUGGUGCCUUUGAGGGAACAUGAAAACGGUGGCGUCACCCCUGCAAUUUCACUUGCUCUUCACAACCUGUAUGUAUAGAGGUGUCAGUCAUCCAGCCCACUCAAGUGACCUGAAGAAGACUGGAGUAAACCUCUCACACAGGGAACUUUUAAUGUAAACUAGCAGCCUAAUGCACAGGAAAUGUACACAUGCUUUUAUACAUGAGAUCUCAUGCAAGAACAGUUGAGUAAAAAAAUAACAUUUACACACUGUGGAGCUUCAAGCCUUUCAUGUCCAGCAUCUAAAAACACAGCAAAGGUAUUGUGUAGCUGUUUUCAUGCAAGAAUUCUUGGAAAAAGUCAAGUAAACCAGAUCAGAGCAUUGUCCAGAGUUGCCCUUUCCUAAGUGUAGCACACAGCAGAAAAUUGCUUCCAUCAGAUCAGUUUUCACUACUAAAAUAUUCUGCUUGCUUUCGGUGAGCUGGCUGUCCAAAUAGAACAGGCGGGAGGCAGUAGUCACAAGGUGUGAAUGCAUCAGAUGAACAUUUAGCUGUUCUAUUCUCACACAAGUGCAAUUUCACACAGAAUUGAGCUGGCAGGUUAAAACUGUGUCUGAUCAGCUGAGUCAGGAUAUUAGCACAUGCCGCUGUCAGGUGAAGUCUAGAUAGGUUCACGGCUGCAGUGCAUGUGUGAAAACAGCUUAUAUUAGAGAGUCUAAACAAGUGAAAAUUUUUAAUCAGCUGCUAACAGUGUGUGUCAUCACAGCAGCGAGAUUAAGACAUGUUGGACCUGAACAAUCAAUCAGUGACAAUGAUGUCUUUCAGAUAAAAAAAAAAAAAAAGAAGGUUCAGACUUUCUAUUCAUAAAUUUAAUUUCAUCGUGUGAAAAGUUCUCUUAAACCAGCUGCAUGUGUUAAUGUAGCUCCUUGAGGAGUCUGUGUAUUUAUAGUUUGUAUGAAUUAAACUUGAAUUGAACCUCGAUGUUAUGGUAGGUUUAGAUUAGAAUAAAAUGUUGCACUGGCACACAGCACAUUAUCUUUGUAUAUUUUACUGAGUGAUUAUGUGUUGUGCUUUGUUUGGUUUUAUGUUUUGUUGGUUUUAAUUUCUGUUUUUAGUUUAUGUUCCAUUUAGACAAACAAAUGUAGGGACAUUACCACUGUACUAGACCUGUGAAUUUAUUGUUAAUUAAAGGAUAUGCUUCUUUGA